CUAUAUACAGUAGAGCUCUGAAAAAAAUAGAUGAAAGAUCAUAUUCCAGUAUGGAAGUGUGGGUGUACGUAUCAUGUUUUGAUUGGCAAGCCAUGGUGCACGUACGCCACGGCAAUGAGGAAGAAGAAUCAGAUGCCUAAACAACCCACCCAUUUUCCUGCUCCUGCUCCUGCACUGUACUUGGAUUGCAAAUGCGGCAGAGAAUCGUUUCGUUUCGCUUCAUUUUCCGCAAGCUGAAAGCAAUCGAAAGAUACGAAUAGGAUCCUCCUCUCUUCUUUCCGUCUUGUAUAUAUAGAUUUCUGUGGGUUAUUCCCGCCAUUUCAAGCAAUCCAUAUUCCGUCCGUCAGCUACUGCUAGUGGUAGGCUAGAUCAUCGAUGAACGCCAUGGAUGAGGAGGAGCAAGAGCAGCCUCCCCAGCGCUACUGGUUCCCGUACUGGACCAGCCCUCCACCGCCUCCGCCGCCGCCACCGCCACCGCCCUCCAGCUCCAGGUACAGGCCGCCGUCACCUCCCUCAUCGCGCCAUCCCCACCCAACCAUCCCAGCUGCCCGCGCCGCACCACCGCUCGGGCCAACCAACCGCCGCUUGCAUCAGCAGCCGCCGCCACCAGCAAGCAGAGAUGGUCGUCACGAGCCUCCUCCCAAGCCCAAGGACGUCGUCGUCAUCCCCACCGACACCGUACUGCAUCACAAACAACCACCACCCACGCAUCAUCAUCAGCAUCAGCAGCACAAGGUGAAAGAUCAGGAGGAGAAGAAGGGCGACCUGCGCAAGGACCUCAAGGCGGGGCUCGCCGGCAUGCUCAGCGCCGCCUCCCACGGCCAGCAAGGGACAAGCAUCAUCACGCUGGCCGGCGACAACAAGGGCGCAUCCAUGAAGAUAUCCUCCCCCGCCCCAGGCAGCAAGGGCGCCGGCGACGACAAGAGAAGCAGUGCGGAUGGCAAGGGGGGCGUGAAGGCGAUGAUCAACAGCAACGUGCAGUCCAUCAACAACUCGCUGCUUCUCCACAGCUCCUGCAGCGGCGGCGACCUCGGGGUGCACCUCAAGCUCAAGCUCUCCUCAAACUCCAAGUCCAAGUCCAAGACCAAGAGCAAGGAGAAGCAGCAGCAUAAUGUCGUCGCCGAUACCAGCAACAAGGAGAAGAAGCCCGAUAGCAGCCAGGAGAAGAAGGAGGCUGGUACCAGCGCCGCCAAACCCAACAAGCCAUCCGCCGCUGCCAAAGGCAACAAGCCCGCCGGUGCAGCUAACAAGUGAUUCUGCAGACAUACUAAUGUAUGUAUGUGCUUUGUACUGAUCUGAUUGCCUUCGCCUCAUCAUAAUGAUAAUCGAAUUAAAUUUGCGGUGUA